AUGGAUGUGAAGUGCGUUCUGGGUCUUGUGGUCUUGCUGGCAGUCUCAGCCUGGGCUGAGGAGGUGUUUCAGGAUUUGACGGUGUCAGAGCUGAUUGAGAGAGCCAAUAAGAACAUCGUCCGUUCUCCUGGUCUGCCGCAUGUAGUGGACGACAUUGCGUAUGUUUCUGAGGGUCUGAGGAACGCUGACCCCUGCACGUCUUAUGGCUGCAUGUGGCCGAAGUCCUCCGACGGGAACGUCUACAUCCCCUACACCCUUUCCCGCGUCUACACCUCUCGCGAGGUGUCCGUCAUCGAGCGCGCUCUGCAGUCCUUCCACCAUGUCUCUUGCAUCCGCUUUGUCAGACGCACCAGCCAGAGAGACUACCUGAAAAUCCAGUCCCUCGACGGGUGUUACUCCUUCAUCGGCCGUAGGGGCUACGGGCAGGAGCUGUCUCUGCGGCGCUCCGGCUGCAUUUACCACCACACUGUCCAGCACGAGAUGCUCCACGCACUGGGCUUCCAUCACGAGCAGACACGCUCCGACCGCGACCAGUACAUCCGCGUCCUGCUGGAGAACGUCACCCCUGGAAUGGAGCACAACUUUGAUAAAGUCAAUACUCUGAACCAGGAAACCACCUACGACUACGGCUCCGUCAUGCAUUACUUCAACACUGCUUUCUCUAAGAACAGCCUGCCCACCAUGGUGGCCAUCCCUGACUCCAACGUUAAGUUCGGCUUUGCCACUGAGAUGAGCCAGAAGGACAUCAUCCGGCUGAACAGGCUGUACAAGUGCUGAACAGGUGCUGGACAGGUGAACAUCACGCAGCGCGGUUUUUCAAACACAGCAACUCAAACAUCUCUGAAGCAACAACUUUAUCAACUCUUCUUAAACAGGUGAAUGAGAUCAUGCAUUCAUCCU